UCGCGGCGCGCGGGUCGGACGUGCGGGCACAGCCUCUGUGUCCCGCACCCGCCGCGGACGCCGCCUGGUGCCGGGGAGCUCAAAGCCGCCCGCUCUUGGAGCAGCGCCCCACAACAGCGGGGCGAGCCCGAGGGACGCAGCGCCCGCAGCCCACGCCGUCGGCAGCAACAGCAUAGACACUGUGUGCGGUGCACCCCUGAGCUGCCCACCACCGGUGCCCACACUGAGUUGGCUCCCUGCCUCUCAUCUGCCCGCCAUCACCAUGGCACCCACCUGCGACAACAGCACGGAGGAGAACACCACCACCCAGGCAUGCAUACCCCUUUCCAAAAUUCCUAUCAGCCUGGCUCACGGCAUCAUCAGGUCGACCGUGCUGCUCAUCUUCCUUGCAAUCUCCUUCGUAGGCAACAUAGUCCUUGCGCUUGUGUUGCAGCGCAAGCCGCAGCUGCUGCAGGUGACCAACAGAUUCAUCUUUAACCUCCUCGUCACCGACCUGCUGCAGAUUGCUCUCGUGGCCCCCUGGGUUGUGGCCACCUCUGUACCUCUCUUCUGGCCCCUCAACAGCCACUUCUGCACAGCCCUGGUUAGCCUCACUCACCUGUUUGCCUUCGCCAGUGUCAACACCAUUGUCGUGGUGUCCAUAGAUCGCUACCUGUGCAUCAUCCAUCCCCUCUCCUACCCAUCCAAGAUGACCCAUCGCCGUGGUUACAUGCUCCUCUAUGGCACCUGGAUUGUGGCCAUCUUGCAGAGCACCCCCCCACUCUAUGGCUGGGGCCAGGCUGGCUUCGAUGAGCGCAAUGCCCUCUGCUCCAUGAUCUGGGGGUCCAGCCCCAGCUACAUGGUUCUCAGCGUGGUGUCCUUCAUCGUCAUCCCACUGACUGUCAUGAUAGCCUGUUACUCUGUGGUGUUCGGUGCAGCCCGGCAGCAGCACGCCCUGCUGUACAGCGUCAAGAGCCACAGCUUGGAGGUGCGGGUCAAGGACUCUGUGAAAAAUGAGUAUGAAGCGGGAGCAGAGAGGGGUGAGUUCCAGGAAGAGAGCAAGUUCAAUGGCCAGGAUGAAGGUGAGGUCAAGGCCAAGGAGAGUAGCGCAGAGGCAGAAGAGGACCCCAUGGAAGCCAACCACAGCAUCGUAAAGGGGAAGGAAGGAUGCGUGCAGCUGAGUGAGUGUAUCGUGGAGGCCAUGGGCAGCGAGGAGGUCAGUGUUGGCAGCUUGGAAGGUAAGAAAGGUGGCACUCAAGCUAAGGAGAGCAGCGCAAAUGCAGAGGUCCAUCAGUGCAACAUCGACUUGGGCUUGGGCGAAGACGACAUAGAAUUUGGUGAGGAUGACAUCAACUUCGGUGAGGGUGACAUCGAAGCCCUGAACAUCCCAGAAAACCUGCCACCCAGUCGUCGGAUCAGCAACAGCCGCCCACCUCUGCCCAGGUGCUAUGAGUGCAAGGCCGCUAAAGUGAUCUUCCUCAUCAUUUUCUCCUACGUGCUGUCCCUGGGGCCCUACUGCUUCCUAGCAGUUCUGGCUGUGUGGGUAGAUGUCCAAACCAAGGUACCCCAGUGGGUGAUCACUGUAAUAAUCUGGCUUUUCUUCCUGCAGUGCUGUAUUCACCCCUAUAUCUAUGGGUACAUGCACAAGACCAUCAAGAAGGAAAUCCAGGAUAUGCUGAAGAGGCUGUUCCGCAAGCAAAAGUCUUCAAGAGAAGAAGGUAGCCACCCAGAUGUGCACGGAAGUGAAGCUGGAUCAGAGCGAGGAACUGAAGGCAAGAUCGUUCCCUCCCAUGAUUCUGCUACUUCGCCUUGAAGUUAGUGCUAAUGCAAACCUUGCACUGUCCAUGAGACAGAAAAUAAGAGCAGCUUUCUUUUCAGUGGACCACCCAUACUCCCAUUAAUGCUGACUCAUACAUUUCAGGCAAAGGUGUUGCACACAAAUCCUUUUCCACCACAAAGUAGAUAAAUACUUGGAAGCCUUGGGAACUGGGUUCUUCCCUUAAGGUGUGCCCCUCAAAGCAUGGACUUGAGGAUUCUAACUGAAAAUUCUCCCCCAGAAAAUUAUUAGGCUCUAAAUUUUGUAAAGCAACAAGGGCUAUUUAUUUUGGACCUGUGAUUGGUGUUCUCCCUUUCUCCCCAGAACUACAACAUGCCAGCUUUAGCCCAGGGGAAGAGGGAAGUUGAUGCCUAUGGACUUAAAGACUAUUUUGCCCUCAGGUCAGAAGCUUAUAGGCCAGGGGUUAGUUUAUGUUCAAGUGAAGGAAAACCAAUGGACCCAAUCAUCCACGGAGCCCAGGGUACAGACUGAUGAGCAUAUGAACCAAAUUGUGAACUGGAGUGCCCUGCAAUUGGGCACAAACACUGUCAUGCAAAAUACCACAAAAGGCCUUGUGUGGUUAGAAUACCAAGAACAAGAAUGUUUCUUGAUCGCCUAAAUGGAAUGACAUGUAUGAAAAAGGAAGUUAGUCCAAGGGGAGAGAUGAAGAACACAUUCUUUGGGCUAACCUGCUGAGUUUUUUCUCUAAAAUCCUGGGGAAUAUGUGGGCUAGGACUGAGCUCUUUCCAUGAAAGUGAAAAAUUGUCAGUUGAGAUGAAAAUAAUUUCUGCCUCCUAUUUGAAUAAUAGUAGGACAGAAAUCAUGCAACUAUUUUCCAAUUUACCCUUCAUGGCUGAAUCGGUAUGCUCUUAAGAUGGUUUCAGAACUUCCAAUCACUUGUUUUACCCUGUUUUGUUUCAGAUUAACUUUUUGGUCAAAGAGUAUUUCGAGGGGAAAAAUGGAGUUGAAGUGGUCAAAGUUCUGCAACACUCACACUGCCAAUCAAGACAUACGCCCAUCAGAAAUCACUUUUGCAUUCACGAAUUCCUAGGCAAAAAUCUCCACAUGGAAACAAGUAAGGCAGGGUGAAGAUUUUCAUUCCCUCACCAAUACCAUGGUUUUCUCUAAAGCUUUUAAGCUCUAUAUCCAUCAGAUAUAGGAGAGAAAUGUAAUCCACUGAGGAAUGACAGGAUGGUUUUACAAUACCUAGCAUACAUCUGCCAUAUUCCAAACAAUCCACAAAUCAAAGCAUUCAGGCCACACAUAUUCUAAUUGUUGCACAUGAAAUUUAUCUCUGAGAAAAAUCUUUAUAAAUAUCUAAAUUAUCCAUAGAGUAAAUACAAAGAAAGAUUUUUUCACAUCUCAAGCCUGAAUCUCUUUUGGCUAAGAUAUACCCAUUUUAGAGGGUACAGAACAAAUAACAUGGAGCCAAAAUAUGGGAAAGGUCCUGGUUUUGUUCCUCCUGAAAUUAAAAUUAAAGCAACUCCACAACCAACUAAAUGUCCAUGCAGAAAUCCACUGUUCAAAUGGGAAAAAGACUAUUUAGUUGAACAAAAUAGUUAACCAACUGGUUUUGUUUAAGCAUGGCCAUAUUCAGAGUUUAGCUUCAUUCUAAUGUGAUUACUAUGUCUUUAUGAAGACUCAAAUUUUCAUUAAUAUAAAUGUUCAGCUCAUAUACAUUUCUUUUUAUCUGUUCCUCCUCACAGAUUCCAACAUGAGUUUCUCAAGGGGGAGGGGUAAACAGCAGUGUAUUUGGGCUAUGAAUAUGUCUGCUUGAGAAAUUGGGGUUGUUGUAUUCAGGAUGUAGGGGAAAAAAGAUAGCAUAAAACUAAGUAAUAUCCAGCUGACCUGUCAAAUCAGGAUGCCCGUGGAAACUAUUCAUGUCAACUCCAUAAAUUUGGACCAUGUGGUAAUUCAGACAAGGUGUUCUGGCUGAAAUUCAGUCUCACAAAUUGUUUAUUUUUCUACCAAAAUUUGUGAAGCAAGUGAAUAGCCAUGAAUUUAUUAUACCAGUUUAUUGCUGGACUCUUACAAUGGCCUGUCCUUAAGAGAUGCCCAGGUGCAGAAACAGCUUAUAUGAUCCAUCCUCUGUGGAUGGAGGGGUAUUGCCUUGUAAGACUGUCAUGACCAAAGGGGUUCAAGGAAGCUUUAGCCUGUCGUUUUAAUGAAAAUGGCUUUUGGGCAGCAAAAAGGACUUCAAGCGUAAGUGUCUCCAACAUUUUGUUGAAACUGAACUUCUUGUUUUAUUUUUAAAGCUCAACCCCUCUAAAGUGUAUCAGAAAAUUGUUUGCCAAAAUCCAAAAUCCAAAUGGAACCAGAGCCUGUACAAGUGUGGUAAGUCCACCUCACAGCAUAUGUAACAUUCUCUAGGAUGCUGAGACUCACCAAUUCCUUCUAAAGUUUCCCUUUUCCUUUUUUUAGUCUCUGUCCAUUCUUUUGGCAAACUGGAUUCCUCAAAGGUGAAAAAGUCCUUUUAAAAGUAAGAUGCUGGAAAAGACUUUUGAAUUAAGAGCAUUCUGCUUUGAUGACAUUUUCUUCCUGAUGAACAAUAAAUAGGGCCUCUGGUUAGCUUGAAGAUAGCAACUUCAAAUUUUUUUUGGUAUUUUUAAUAAAGCACUGUCAUCUUAAUGAGGUUUUACUGCACAUACUGUUUUGCCAUUUCAAAAUCUGAAAGCCCACAAAAAAAAGUCAUCGUUAGCUUCACAGAUCCUCAUGUGCAAUUGGUUUCCCUAAAUGUUUUCAGAGGAUGUAUUCCUUUGCCAAGGCCACUUCAUAUGUGUAGUAAAAAUUCCCAUUAAAGUACAGGGGCCAGAAAAACCAGAAUUCGAAAUGAUGUGAUUUUAAAUGGAAUGAUUUCCUUACUUAAGAAUAAUAGAGCAUCUAGUUUGCCAAGGAGCUGCAUGCAGGUGACUAACACACCAAUUUCAAUGAGAUCAAAGCAGUAACAAGGAGCAAACCCUGGGCUUCUGUGACUUCUGUGAGGUGAGGGUCCUUCUUCUGUAAGAUACUACACAUACCAGCUGCUGGCAAGUCCUGUGCACUUCUGGCUACCUACCUACCUCUUGCAUUCCUUCCCACUGUCCUCUCUGGCUCACCCCCUGCCCCUGCUAUGCUGGCCUUUCAGGAAUGCCUGUGCCUGAAGCUCUUUGUGCUCACCCACUUCCCCGUCCAUCCCUUCCAAACCCAGAGCUGUGAGACUCACAGAGACCUGGGGCCCAUGGAAUCUGAAGGAUGUGAACCAUAGGAGUGACCAGCAAUUCAAGGUACUUUUCUGUCUGCCCACCUCCGACCCAGUUUAGAGAUGACUUGAAACCUGCUUCAAAUUCAACAGGUAAGGAAAAGUGCCACUUCAUGAGUAGGAGGAACUAGGCACCUCAUUUCUAAAAAGCGCCCUAUUUGACACAUUAUGAAGACAUAUUAAGUCCUAUAGAUGCCGCCUAAUUGUUUCAGCAAAAACACACAAAAAUCUUUCAUCUAUAAAAUUAUAAGGUGCCUAACAUUGCCUUAUUUUGUAUAUAAUUAGCCAAUUAAACUAGGUAAAGUUACUUCAGAAAAAAUUUUCAUACUACCUGAAAAAAAAUUUGAAUGAUAGAAUAAAAGCCUUCUUUCUUAGGCUUUGCCAAAAAUCUCUUAAAAGUGUCUGAAACACAGCCUUCAGAGGAGAAAACAAGUACGCAUCCUCUGAUCAUUUGAAAUCUCUAAAACACUUGAGAUCAUGAGGGUGACACAGAGAGUAACAGUGUAACCUACUGAACUAUAAAUUUUCUCUCUUAACUACCCUGUUACAUAUUUUGAGGAAAAAAUCCAUUUCAUAAUGUCGUUUUUGUUGUAUUUCUCUUGAAGACAAACCACAGGUUGUCAGGAGAGGUUUCUCCAAGCCAAAUGUCUUUUCCUUCUAAAGCAGAUAAAGGAUUAAAAGACUAGUUGGAUGCUAGCCAGGAGGCAAGAUAAGAAGAGAAAGUAUGGUCACUUGUGGCUUUAACUCUCUUCCUCCCUAUCUCUUAUUUUCUAUGGGCUAGACUGGUGCUCUUGGCCGCUCAAAGCCCCUUCAAACUUAGGCAUGAAGAGACAGGCAUGAGCAGGAUAACAGACCAUGAUCUAAAACUCCCAAAGAAGGCAAGCCUUUGCCAUCCAUUCUUUCCAAUUCUAUACAGUCUCUUCCUCUCUGGCAGAUGCCCAGCUUGCUUAUAGCACAUUUCUGCUACAAGCAAUGAAACUGUCUGGAGGAAGAACUAGGACAGCUAAAAUCAACUAAACUCAGCCACUGACUGCCAUCUCAGUGGCCAGUUCACUGCUCUUUGGUAAGUAGGAUAAGAAUCCUCAAGGCAAACGAAGGUUGCUGAUAGGAGUUAGGUGUUCCCAUCAUUGCCUCUCAAAGCCUCCAUAUCUCAGAGUAUACACACCAAGGGGAAACCACAGUAACUUGUACACUCAGAGGAGGUUCGCUAUGUCAGGAUUCAUUCCUGUGUCUAAAGCAUAGUCAAAAACAAGAUUGAUCUUAGUUCGGUGCUUCAAACAUGAGUGGCUUUCCCCCCUUCAUCUGUGCUACAACUUUUAGUGUUAAAAGUUUGGUAUUAUUGUCCUGUUUCAGUGAUGUGAAACUUUUGUAGUAAUUCUUCUAAAUGUGAGCUAUAACUGUAUAUAAAGUGUAAGUGUUCUUGGAGAUAAGGUGCUAGAUAUUAGAUUGUGUACGUUUGUGGGUAGUGUCAUUGUAAAAAAAAAAACAAGUAGUAUGUACAUGUAAAGUUAGUUAAUUAAAUGCAUGCAGAUUCCAUGUGUGACCAACAUCUUGGUCAGUUUCUGAAAUAGAACAUAGUAUCUUUGUUUCUUCUAAAUUUUAUUUUUCAAGUGUAUACUACAAGAUAUGUAAGAUGGCUCAAAGUUGAGCUAGCAGGAAGUGGUGCCUUUCAUUCCUUAAAUCCCCGGUACAGCAUAUUACAGACAAGAGCUUAUUCGGAUUUGACUGGUUGUUAAUAUGAAUCAAUCAUCUUGACUGACGUCCUCGCUGGCAGUUCUCCACAACAAACCUGGCACCUGUAUGCCUGUUUUCCAUGAACUGAAUGUACAAGAAUGCAAAAUCAAAGAAGACAAUCGUUUCCCUGUCAAGAAUCAAGGACCUCUGGAUAGACUGUCGGAGUCCUCCUAGCUAGAAGAAAAGAAUGCUGCACUUUCAAGACCCAGCCUUAGCCAGUACCUGACUGUGAGGUGACAGGAUUUGCACUUAGCAGAUCCACGUUGCAACUAUCCCUGCCCCCACCGCCCCCAAGAGCAGCACCUAAAUCCAGGAAAAAGACUGCUGUGGUUUUGUCCCUUUGCUUGGUUGUCUGAGAGACAACAAUGGGGCAUGGAUGGGUGAUUUCCAUGAUUCCCCUCUGGGGUCAUGGCUAAGGUGUUAGAGAAUUCUAAUUGUAUAUCAGUGAUAUUUGCAACUGACAAGAGAACUGUGAGAUAAUUUUAUUAUAUUUUAAGGACAAAAAUAUUACAAUGAGAAAACUAUAUUAUAUAUUCACCCUUAUUAAAUCAUUAAACUGCCUUUAAUAACAAAUUUUAUGUGCUACUUUUGAAACUGAGAAUAGAAAAAAUAUACUCAGACAAUCUUUACAUUUUAAAUUUAAAUAUUUCCUUUUAAAAAAUACUAUUUGUAAUUUAAAAGUGCCUUUUUAAAGGAUUGUCUAACCCCAAUCCUGGGGCCAAGUUCCCAUUGGCACAACUUACCUUCAGGUGCAUGAAAGGAAUGGACUUUAUCCUCCUCCUCUCCGCAACAAGAGAAACCCCAUCACACCCCAAUGAAAUCCUAUUUGUGACUGUAUAUUGUUACCUGGGCCAGCAGUCCCUGAGACUGUGCCCAAGGCUGAGGUUUCAUAUAUUGGUUGACUUUAGUUGGAUCCUUUUUAAAAUGGUUACAAUGUAUUUUUUUGUAUUGACAGGAAUAACGGACUCUUGCUUGGACAAUGCAGAGAGAUCUAUGUUUGUGAUUUAACUAAGUAUUAUUUAGUAAUCUUUGUGUUUCUUAAAUAGGUGCUGUAAAUUGUCAUUGGUAUAUUCUUCAAAAUAUGCUAAGUAAAGUCUAAUUUUAUGUGUGUA